GGCGCAGUUUAUGUCUUCGGUGAAAAUUGCUUUUCUUUCAUCGAUAAAGAGGAAGAUAAACCCGAAAUGAGGCACUGAGUUGAGAACUACGACGUGCUAUCUUUUCGUUUCCCAUUUCACUUUUCCCUCAUGGACAGAGAACUGUACAUCCUUAUAAACCAUUCCCAACCCUUCUUCUCUCCUUCUUCUUGAUAUCCCUUCCAGGAAAGAAAAGCACCAUGGACACUCGAUCCAAGAUCCUACCCCGAGGGGGUCAGGCGACACAGCUUCGCCAAAAGAACAACGAAUGGAGCAAUAAGUACUUUGCAAUAGCCAUCGGCGCUAUGAUGGUAAUUGGCAUAGUAUAUCAUUGGAUAAAUGUCCUAUAUUUCCAAAAAGGGCGGGAAAAAAACAACCCUAUCAUCUCCAAAGUCGUUACAUACCAGAGGAAGAUUUAUCGCUUUCUUUCUAGAAAACUCGCCGGCGUUUCGGUUCAUAGAAUGAUCCUAUACGGUCUCUACUGGGGAAUUAACCUGAUCUUAGCUCUGACGAAUGUGGACUUGAGUAAUCUCAUAUAUGUCGCCAAACGAUUCGGCUGGAUAACAGUAGCAAACUUCGUCCUCCUAGUUUUCCUCGCUCUUCGAAACACACCCUUAGCCCCGCUAUCAGCCAAUUCCUACGAAAAACUCCGCCCCCUCCACAAAGUAGCAGGAUACACAUGCAUCUUCUCAGUAUGGAUGCAUGCCAUCGUGUAUUUGAGCGCGUGGUCAAAGUCCGGAAACCUAAAGUCUAUGCUCAAGACUAACCAGAUUGCGGGGUUGGUUGCUGGCAUUGCCAUGCUGAUCAUUGCUGUUUCGACGGUGCCGUUGGUGUAUCGACGUUAUUAUGAAGUAUUCUACCUCAUCCACCUCAUCAUGUUCCUACUCAUCCUCAUCAUGGUAGCCAUGCACCGUCCGAAAUUCUCCACAUCAACCGUGAUAAUCAUCAUCUUCACAGCCUGUCUCUGGUUCACAGACCGAUUACUUCGCUUCUUGAAGAUCUGCUGGAACUUUCCCAGAAACUACGCCACCCUCACUGCUCUCCCAGACGGUGCGAUUCGAGUGCGCCUCUCUCGCCCCGUGAGAGCCGUGGCUGGAUCUCAUGCUUUCCUCUGGAUCCCCGCCAUUCGACUGAUCGAGACACAUCCAUUCACGAUGUUGACGACGGAUCCGCCCGAGUUCGUUAUCAAGGUCCAUGAUGGAUUUACGAGAGACUUGUGGAAAUAUGCCUCUGGGGAGCACAAAAAGGAGCAGAAGCUCCGAUGUUCCAUUGAUGGAGGAUACGGACAGGUUUUGAAUUUCAAACAGUUCGAUACAGUGAUUCUUAUAGCGGGUGGAAGCGGUGCAAGUUUUACGUUUGCUAUUGCUCUGGACUUGAUCCGGAGAAAGUCAGAUGUGAAGCGUAUUGAUUUUAUUUGGGCGGUGCGGUCUCAAGACAUCUUAACGUGGUACGACAAUGAGCUGCGUGAACUCCAAUCGGACCCUCGGAUCAACUUCCAUACCUACAUUACUCGAUAUGCAAUGGCCAUAGACGAAGUCACUGGAAUCCCUACUCCGUCUUCACCUGACUGCUCUGAUUCUGAUCCUUCCUCUCCGACGGCAGAGACCACGGUCUAUGAUAUCGAGAAGGGCGCUGCUCCAGAAACGACGAAGGAGAAACUGCCUUUUUCUAUGAAUAUACAUCAAGGGCGCCCGAAUAUUUCUGAUUUGAUUGAAGCUACGAUCUCAUGUACAGAUCCAAAAGACCGUAUUGCUGUUGGAGUAUGCGGGCCUGGUGAUCUCGUAGAUAGGACACGGGAGGGUGUGAGUCGAGAUGUUUACGACAAUGGCCCGUCGAUCACAUUAUAUAGCGAGGAGUUUAGAUGGUAAUGAAUAUAUGACUUGGGAG